GUAGUAAUAUUAAAAUGAAAGGUUGUAUUUCCGCAAAAUACUAUGCUAACAGGAGACCGAAUCCCUAGACAACCCUCCAAGUUCACCCUCCAAUUAGGGCCCAAACGUAGCCUAAAUUGGAGGGUGAACUUGUAUAAGACAUUAAAGAACACUAACUUGAAGAAAGUUAAAUAUAUCUAUUUAUUAACACUAUGUAUUUUCAUAAUUUUAGAAUGACUGCCGACCCGGAGAACCCCCUGGUAAUGGAUAUCUUACACGGUACUUCUUCCUCAUACUCCCACAUUCCUUCUGAUGACAUUGUCGACUAUCCACACGCUGUUGGUAUUCAAUUCAGGGAUUCAUCUUUAUUCUGCAUGAAUUUCAAUACGGUAAAGCCCUUUAUUUUCGUAACCCUUAAUUUUCUGGAUAAAACGAUGGUCACAAAAAUUAAGCUAUUGAAUAUGCUAAAAAACAUAAUGGAGAAGGGCGUACUUCGUGUCACCGGUGUUAGCCAUCAUAUUGUCGGACAAAAGACACCCCCAGCUGCUUACACCAUUGAAGAUCAUGUAGAAUACAGUAUACUAAUUGAACAGCUUGUGGCCGGACAGUGGAGACCAUUUGAUUCUAAUGAUGUACAACUGGAAUUUGUCUGUAUUGACCCAUUUGUCCACACAUCGCUUAAAAGCAAAAAUGGAAGAUUCUCUACUAAAUUUAAGCUUCCUGAUGUUUAUGGAGUGUUCCAGUUUAAGGUGAACUACAAUCGAAUUGGCUUUACUCAUUUGUACAGUACUACCCUUACGAAAAUGUCCUAUAGGAAUCCUACAGGAUCCUAUAGGAUUUUAAAGGUGUUCUAAAGGUUUGCAUAUUAUCCUAUAAAACUAAAUCAAGUCCUAUAGAAAACUAUCUAAAUCCUAUAGGACACCAAAAAUCAUGUUAUAUGUGCAUAUACAUAAAGG